CUUCCGGUACUGAUCCAGACGCGGAGGGCCUUUGACUAUAUAAUUUUACACAGAAGUCUGCAGUCUGUUUAUAUUGUGUCUAUGGUUUGUUUAUGUCGCUUGUCGCUUAUAUGCGUCUUGUCGGUCUUAUAUAUAACUAGUUAUAUAGUCAAAGAUCUUGUUUGUUCGCGAGUAACCUGACAUGUCAUUGAAUUAUUAAUUUAUUAAAAAGAAACAUUGUUUACUCGGCGAAUGGUAACGUAAUUUGACGGAAAAAUGGUCUCGUCGUGUUGUAUAUGUUCGAGGGAAGACCACCCUCUUGAACUACGUCGGUCAUUUCACAGGAUACCAGUGAACGAAGAAAUGAGGAAUAAAUGGUUACAUAGGAUCGGACGUAUUGUCUCGUACAAGGGGGCCAGAGUUUGCAGCGAUCAUUUCACGGAAAAUGAUUAUCACGACAUAAAUCCUUAUUCAAGAAUAAGGAAAAGACUAAAGAAAACUGCAGUCCCUUCUGUGACCCUGCGAAAACAAGAAAAUGCAAACAGAGAAUUGUUAUUAUUUCAAAAGCCAGAUGUAAGUUUAUUCAACGGUUCUGAAAUUAUAUCUCAAAAUGAAGAGGAUGUUACUCUUCACGAUUUAGAAAAUCAUGAAGAAACUCAUAACCCAAGUGAUAUUAGCGAAACCAAAGAAAAGGAAAAUGCGAGCAACGAAUUAGUAUUGGCUCAAGGUACAAGUGAAAGCUUAGUCGUUCGAUUACAUUCGGGAAAAGAAAUUAAUGCCACUUGUAUUGAUAAUCAAGAAAAGAUUCAUUUUGAAAACAACAUAAAUGAUAUAAGUAGUGAGAGAAAAUUUUCAUCGCCUAAUUCAGGCAAUUCAGGCAAUUCCGAAACGAGAACAAUUUUAUUUAAAUAUUCCAAACGCAGUGCAGUAGGUUUCGCGAAAGCGGAUUUUUCAUCGGACGAAAAGUGGAUGGCGUUUUUAAAGUGUAUCGCCUACAAGAACCAUGCAAAUAGAAUCAUGCUACAAAAGAACAAACGCUUGCAAAAGAAGAUCUUAAUAUUUCAAGAUAUGCUGCAAGAUCUGUUGGGAAAACUUUAAUAAUGAGCUUUUUUUUAGUACAAACAGUACAUUACUACCCAGAAAACAUUUUGCGCGCAAACAUCUUAUGACGACGCACUUGGAUAGAACUUUUGCUUGCGUUGCCGAGCCAUUUUUGUACGCGAGUUGGUAGAUACGUUAAUAUAUGAGCUAGCCACUUGCGUGCAAAAGCGCAGACUAAACAUAUCUUACGGAUUACAAAACUCGGGCAAAUCUCGUACAAAUUUGCCUGCGUAAGACAAGCAAAAUUUGCGCGCAACAAUUGUUGUCUGGGUAGCCUGCAAACAUUUAAAUGGUGCUCGCUGUUUCAAUUUUAUAUUUAAAAUCACCUUAAGUGUAAUAUUUCACAAUCAGUGUAAUGCCACGUGUAUUGGUUGGACAGAAGAUCUGAAGAUCCUUUCGGUCCAGAAUAUUUGACUUGUGAAUGGCGAUUUAUGAGAAUCCUACCAACACAAUGAUACCAAAGGUAGCAGCGAGAAUGACGUCCAUAUUUUCAAGAAACAAAUAUAAAUAUUAAAGUAAUAUUUAUAACUGUUAGAGUAAGUGUUUGUAAAUUAUCAAAUUUUUUAUUGUGUGUUAUUAAUGUGACAAAUAAUAUUUGAAAAAUGCUCGUCAAAUAAAAACAUGAACUGUC